CCCGUUGUCCACCUCGUCAGCCUUGUGUCAACCACAUCAUUUCUUCUCAACUCUCCUGGGAUCUCCAUCUGUUCAUCUACGUUCUACUUUCGAACGUUGCUCCCUGAUUCCCCCCCCCCCCCACACUUCUGUUUUGUUCGUUCACCCUGAGCUGGCUGAAUCUCAAAAUAUCGUCCCUUUAUCUGUCUGCUUGCUAGCACCGUCACCAUGCCUGCCACACAGGCUGUUGUGACUCUCUACCCUCUAUCCACCUCCGAUGAUUUCCCGUAUCGUUCCCUAGAUUUCACACCUGAAAUCAACCAUGUCAACAUCGGUCGGGCUUCUAAACGUGAAUCAAAGAAUCUGAUCCCCGCCAAAAACAAUGGACUGUUUGAUUCCAGGGUCAUGUCGCGCAACCACGCCAAGCUGUGGCUCGUCUACAUUCGUGAUGGUGGAUCGAUGCAUGGUACCUGGAUAAAUGAGAACAAAAUCUCAUCUGAGGAGGGUACUGUCAUUCAACAUGGCGAUGUUGUUACCUUCGGAUCCACAGUGUUUCGUGGCAGGGAAACAUACCCCCCACUUAGAGUUCGCUGUGAAUUCGAGUGGCCAGAUCCUCUGUAUGUCCCAUGUGAUCCACCUCGCUUGAAAAGCGCUCACACCAUGAACAGGCAUAGACAUGUGCCUGCUUCUAACACGUUCUGUGUUCCUGAUGACGAUGAAAGUGAUGGCAAACAAGAUUCCAUUCCCAUGGUAAUUGCGUCCGGGAGUGCCUCUGAGGAUGACAACUCUACAUCCUGCUCGGAUUCAGACGACCAAUCAGUCGUGGAGGUCUCGUCACCUUUGACGUCUCCCCUGAAGAAGGAUGACGGAGAGAAUUGCCUUAUUACCACCUACUCAGAUAUAAAAAGUGGUGAUAAGCAAGUUGGGGGAGAAGGAUCCCAACAGAGCCCCAUUGACCUGGAUGGUGAAAAACAAGAACAGCCUCUUGUGACUCCGCGAAUGACCCCACCCUCUGUCAUAGAUAUCAUUGAAGAUCCCAGCAACAUGGUUCACCAGUUCAGCGACUUCAUCCAAGAGGCAGACACUAUGUCUGUGGUAGACUCCGACGACGACUCCGACGAAGAAGAAGAGGAGGAGGUGGAGGAUUCCACUUGGGAAGAGGACGACCAUGCUGAUUUGAAUGAUGACUUGGACUCCCAGUCUUCGUUCAGAUCAAAUGCUGGACAGUCAUAUGACGAUGAGGAAUCUGUGAGAUCAAACAGUCCUCAUGUUUUGGGUAUCUGCGACUUGAUAGUACCAGAGACAGGCUUUGCCGUGGACGAACCAAACAACCGCUUGAAUUCCGGGGCCAAUGAAUCUCAUUCCGAAAAUUAUGCAAGUAUCGGGGAGAGCCUGGCCUGUCAAGCCGGACCCUACGGACCUGGACUUCUGGCCAUGGGAAAUACUACCCCAGCCCCGCAUUCCCAAAGUAUGCGGCCUUCUGGACUAACGUCGACUGGAGCUCCACUGCCAUCAAUCUUGCUACAACCCACUCUAUCCCCUCAAAACACAAAGGCAUUGGAUCGUCCAACCUUGAGCUUUCACAAUACACCUUCUGUACUUCCCAUAGACUGGUGGCAUCCUCGAAACACCACAAGCACUGCAUACCCUCUGCAUACUCCUCCCACCCCGCAAGUGCCCUAUGAAGAUGGGCCCUUCGUCAACAAUGAGUCGAUAAUGCUAGGUGAUACUGCUCCUGCUUGCAAAGCCAGCAUCGAGUCGGUCGCUGCGCCCACUGCUGCGGCUGUAGGUAAGAACGAGAGAGCCUCUCCGAACGGUGGACAGGAAAUCCAGAAAGAAACGGCCAUGGCCUUGCAACAGCAAGACAUUUCUUCAACUUCGUUGCCACAAACAACUAGUCCCGAGCAGGGUUCAAUUGCCGUACAAGAAAAGAGACCGCUCAAAAGAAAGGCGGAAGACAUUGAUGGUCCUUCUCCCAGCUCUGAACUUGACACUGCUGCUUAUCACAGAGACCCAGUUGGCUCGGGUGUUUCAAACGAUACGCAGUCUUCGGGAUGCUCUUACGAGGAAUCCUGCUUUCCGGAUGCUCAACCACAUACUCCCGUAAGCAAACUGGAGGUCCCGUCCCAGCUGACUGUCCUGGACACCGCGAAAGAGCUUCCAAUGGUUGACAGCGCUACCAUUGAUGCUGAUAUGACCGAACACCCGUCGAAGCGAGCGAAGAAAUCCACUGCAGGAGGGUUCGCCAGCCAUGCUGCUACAGCUGCUUUAGGUGUCGCCAUAGGUGCUUUCGGUACUAUUGCUGCGUUGGCAUCGCUUCCUCCAGAUUACUUUCAGUGAAGGGCAAGAAUCGCUAAUCUAGGAGGGUUUGGUCUUUG